CCUUGUCCUGAACGAUCAUCAUCGUGCAAUCCAUCUUCACUGACAGCCUCAUAACAUCCUAUCUUUUUGCUUCAGCUAAGCUCUCGCAUAUGUCAGACUCGCCCUCGGAAAGUAAUCCGCGGAAAGCGACAUUCAAACUACCGCCUGCUCCAGUGAGGGACAAGGUCGCUGCCCAGGAGGUGCGGCGGAAGAAGGCUCUGGAAGAGCAAAAGAGACGACGCGCAGAGAAAGUCGACUCGGCGCGCCUACAGCUUGAGAGCUUUGCGAAGCUGUCACUGGAGGAUAAUGACUCUGAUGAGGACCAAGGCUCAUAUGUCAUGAGGGAUAAGGGUCUGAACAACUACAAGGGUGUAAUUGACGAGGAGAUGCGGGAGCAAGACACACCAACAAAGUCCGAUCUCCCCACUCAGUUUACCGGCAAGCGCAGGAAGAGGAAGGGGAAGAAGAGCAAGCUCCAGGUCAUGCACGUGGAGCGUCAGCCUCCCAACCCAAAGUGGGCAGAUAAGUGCAUGUACGCUGAGCUCCUCGAGAUGUCAGAGGACAUGCCUUGGGAUUCGGACGGCAUACCUGCCGACAUCGAGACAGGAUGGGUGGCAGUGGCACCAGUGCCCGUGGGCAAGCGAUGCUUGGUUGUGACCUCGAUGCCAUCCGGGACCAAUGCUACAGCCCUUCAAGUUCCGAACACGACAUUGCGUUCAAGAUUGCUAGGAAAGAGCCUCAUACCUCCAUUCCCCUCUCCCUUGCCGCAUGCAACAGUCCUGGACUGCAUCUUGGACGAUCACUGGCGGGACAAUGGAAUACUGCACGUCCUGGAUGUACUCAAAUGGAAAGGGCGCGACAUGAUGGAAUGCGAGACGGCUUUCCGCUUCUGGUGGCGCGACAUGCGCCUCGCCGAACUCCCACCCUCCGUCACGGUCUCGUCAUCCACCUUCCCCUCCGCUCCCUUCGUCUUCCGCGCCUCCUCCGUAACGUCCGCCACCGACGGUCUCCUUACCCCUCACAAUCUCCCGCCGCUCCUUCCCUCAGCACCUCGCACCCCUUCCGCAAACCCCCUCACGUCUCCAACAGGACGAAAAGGCGGGCCAAGCGGCACAAUACACCGCUUCGCAUAUCCAGUACUCUUUGUGCCGAUACCGUACCACACGGACACGACGAUUCCGAACUUGUUGAACUUGGUGCUGCCGCUGGCGAGGGCGGCGAGGCAAGUCGAGGUGCCCCCAAUUCAGCACGUUGAGGUCUUGGUGGACGAGACGAAGGGCGCGGAACCCAAGAAGACGGGCGCAGAGCAACAAGGUGACAUGGAGGUCGAUACAGCGCCUGUCAGCCAGCAGAAGACCGACACCAACAAGAACCGCCGCCCCUCCAAAUCCCACCGCGUCGUCCCCACCGGCACGCACACCGUCUCGCCCACCGGCGCCCACGUCGUCUCGCACGCGAACACGAACAUCGUCUCGAAGCAGGCCGCCGCCGUGCGCGCGUGCCCCUACCCGAACGGCGCGGCGCUCGCGAGCGUCGAGCCGGACGGGCUGCUGCUGUACGUGGCGGAGGCGAUGUACGAGCAGGGGACGAGCCCGCUGGCGAGCUGGGUGCCGAUACGGAGCUACGAGCAGCCGGAGUACCCGCAUCCGGCGAGCGAGAAGGCGGGCAUAGUGCAGGGGAGGAUGAGCGGGAGCUCGGGGAGGAUGGCGAGGGGCCCGAAUGAUGGGCCGUUGGAUGUGUUUACGAGGCUGAUACAGAGACGUUGGGAUUGGAGGGACGAUGCACAGAAGGGCGCGGAUGUCAAUAUGGAGGUGUGAUGACGAUGUGCUUGUUAGUUGGUCCAGCCUCGAAUAACAAUGUGCUUUGACCUUCACC